CUCAACCUCUAGCAACUGUAAUAUGACUCAAAUGGUGUAUUGACCAGAAAGCUUCGCCUCACCUUUGCUUUGGAAAAUACUGUAUCUCUGUGUGGAGUACAGAAUAAAAAUGCCUGCCACACCUUAUAAACACCUCCAUGACAAGAAUAUCUCUUCAAAGAAACCGACCAGCUGUGUGGUCCUGGCUGUAGUUAUGGCCUGUCUUACUGUUCUUGGCAUCAUACUUGCCAUCGCUAUAUUGGAGAGACCAUCGUAUUCUGACAAAAAUGAUGGAGAAAAGAUACUUCCACUGGAACCUUCUAUUGACAGUUGCAGCAUGGCCCCUGUGGAGACUAUCCCUCUGUACAUGGAGUAUAAUGACAGUGCCACAUUUGGGCUCCCGACUCAAACUGUGUGGGAAGAUCUCAUUGCCAUGGCAACUAAACAAGUGGAUGUAGUGUCCUUCUACUGGACUUUGACUGGCCCUGAUAUCAAUGUGAACUCCUCUUCUGCAAUUCCUGGGAGUCACAUUCUGACAGGACUUGGAUCUCUGCCUACAAGAAAUGUUUCUGUCCGAGUGUUGAUAAGUAAUCCAACGGUGCUUACAAACUCCACAGAUUUGAAGGACCUCCAACAAAAAGGAGUCCAAGUGAGGGAGGUGGAGUUUGGACGUCUCACACAUGGUGUUCUCCACACUAAGUUCUGGAUUGUUGACAGAAAACAUCUCUUUCUUGGGAGUCCCAACAUGGACUGGAGAGCUCUCACACAGGUGAAGGAACUAGGAGUGGUUCUCCACAACUGCUCAACCUUAGCCAUAGAUCUAGAGAAGAUUUUCAACUCCUAUUGGGAGAUGGGAUUUCCAAAUAGCACCUUACCUGACCCCUGGCCCUCAAAGUAUGACACAAACAUUACCAAAUCACACCCUCUGCUGGUGGAAAAAGAUAAUAUAACCAGUCAGAUGUACAUAUCCGGUUCGCCGCCUCUCUUCUGCCCCCAGUCCAGGACUCCAGACAUAGAUGCUAUUUUGACCACUAUCUCUGAGGCUCAGCAUUAUGUUGAUGUAGCUGUCAUGGAGUACCUCCCAAUGAUGCAGUUUGAAAAGCCCCAGACAUACUGGUCAGUCCUUGAUGAUGCCAUCAGAGCUGCAGCUUUUGAUAGAAAAGUAAAGAUUCGGAUGCUGGUCAGCUGUGGAAGAGACUCCAAUCCAAGUGUCUUGUCCUUCCUUCAGUCUCUAGCUGCACUUGACAACCAUAUAUCACACAUGAGCAUCAAAAUAAAACUUUUCAUCGUGCCUGUUGGAAACCAAACUGAUAUACCAUAUUCAAGAGUGAACCACAACAAAUAUAUGGUGACUGAUAAAGCAGCUUAUAUUGGCACUUCCAACUGGUCUGGGGAUUACUUUACCACCACAGGUGGAGUGGGUCUAGUGAUUUCCCAGCAUGCUCCUCACUUGAUAUGGAAGAAGUCUCUUCAGAGCCAGCUCAGGGCGGUCUUUGAACGAGACUGGAACUCACAUUUUGCAAUAUACUUAGAUGAACUUGGUCACCAUCCUGACUGUGCACUAGGAACAUAAAAUACUACUCUAAUUUGUUCAACAUGUUGAUAAUGAUUUCUGUUUUGAAACGCAAAAUGUUUUGUUGAUUGAGUUCAAGUCGACACAAUUAUGUAGAUGAUUUUUAAAUAAAUAUUUUUUAAUGUAUAUAAUAAAUUUGAAGUAAGGUGA